CUUUCCUGUUUAGCACGAACUGAGGUAUGUGACAUCAAGUACGUUAAAUAGAGACUUUACCAUUAACAGCACAGGUUAUUUGGAGCCAAGCUUACUCACCAUUUGACCAUUUGACCAGGAGACGUGCCUGUGUGUGUUUGUGUGUGUUUGCUGACUGAGAAUGCUGUCUGGGAAUGAAUCCGGGGAUAGACACAGCCACAGCAGCCUGGUGCUGGCGGUCUACAUCAUCACCUUCCUGAUUGGCCUCCCUGCCAAUGGUGUGGCCUUCUACACCUUUGGAAAGAAGGUGAGGCAGAAAGCCAUGCCCAUCGACAUCCUGCUCCUCAACCUGACCGUCUCGGACCUCCUCUUUCUGUUCAUCCUGCCCUUCAAGAUGAAAGAGGCGGCGGACGACAAUGUAUGGAACAUGCCCGUCGUCCUGUGUCCAUUGACCAGCCUCGUCUUCUACGCCACCAUCUACAACAGCACCUUCUUUCUGACUGCCAUCAGCGUUGAACGCUACCUGGGGGUGGCCUUUCCCAUCAAGUACAAACUCAUAAGACGGUCUUUGUACACCACGGUGGCUAGCGUCGCCUUCUGGGUGAUCUCCAUGGCGCACGUCAGUAUCGUCUACAUCAUUCAAUAUUUAGUCGAUUCCAAUGCCACCCAGGAAGGGAACAUGUGUUACACGAAUUUCACCCAGUUGCAGCUGCGGGUCCUGAUACCUGUCCGCCUGGAGCUCUUCCUGGUUCUAUUCUGUGUACCUUUCUUCAUCUGCUGCUUCUGCUACAUCAACUUCAUCCGAAUCCUCUCUCAGCUGCCCAGCAUCAACCCCAAGAAACGUCUGCGGGCCAUCGGUCUGUCUCUGGCCACCCUGCUGGUGUUCAUUGUCUGCUUCGCGCCCUACAACCUGUCACACUUAGUGGGCUUUGUUAACUGGGAAAGUCCCAAUUGGCGGAUGGCCGCACUCUUGUCCAGUACCAUCAACGCCAGCCUGGACCCCAUCAUCUUCUACUUCUCCUCGUCGGCCCUCAGGAUUAACUUCCACCUCUUCCUGAAGAACCUGUUGGAGAGGGUGCAGGGGUUGUACUUCUGCAGUAAGGCUCUCUACUGCCCUGUGUUGUUCUGCACCAGAACUCAGAAGGACAGCACACCAAGCUCCAAUGACAACAUGUGUCAAACUCAUUCCACAGAGGGCCAAGGUUCUGCAGGUUUUGGCUCCACCGGUGUACUUGAUUGAUGAAUUAUGGUCACUAAUUGUUAAAGAACUCCCCUCACCCGGUUGUCUAGGCCUUAAACAAAAACUUUCAGAUUCUACCUCCUCCAUGGAAUGAGUUUAACACCCCUGUUAUAGUGUGUAGUCAAAGCCACAUGCUUCACUUGCUACAUGCUUGCUACAUAAGUUAGCUAAAUACCAGCCUGUGCAAUGUGUUUAUUGUACUUAGGUUCUUAUGAAAAAGACUGAGGACUAUGCUAUCUGUCUUUAUAAGUAGCCUAUACAUGAAUCAGUUGUGGUCAAAUGACUGUUAUUCAUAUUCCAUUCACCCAGCUCAAUGUAACAUCGAUAGGUUUAGGUUACUAAAUGAUACUGAAAUUGUACCUAUACCCAUCAUGAGGUUGCUACAACCUAGCCUAUGAAGGAAAGUUUACAACCUAGGUGCAUAGGUUGAGAGAAUUGCCACACAUUCAUUGCCGCCUUGCACACUCUUGCCUGCAUCUAGCGGACCUAUGUCGGGUGUAAUCAUUGGUCCAACAGUUGCAAAUUAGUGUCUAUCGGACAAAUUCAGGUAUGUUUAUCCCCUUUUCAUCCCAUUUGCUUCCGUUUAAGAAAUUUUUUUCAAUAGAAUCAGCAGAAUGAAUACACCCCUGAUUACACACAAACAGUUCACUUUCAUAGCAGCCAUAUAUAAAGAAAGCCUGAUCAUUUUGAUCGGUGUACAUAUAAUUCCUUCUCGCAACUAUCUAUGCUCUCUCCACCUCUCACCUUUUCCCUUCGCUUGUGGACUUCAGUGCACAACACAUCAGCUGUCUGUGACCAGGCUAAAAACCCUUUCCAAAACCAAACCUUCAUAUCAUGACUGCUAACCGCUACACACAGCCUACAUCAUUGUCAACAUAGCUACUAGAACUAACGCGUUAGUAAACCCUCUACAAUCAUGCAGUACAGUGUACUGUCAGGAAGCACUUUAACAGUUACAACGUGGGCAGUGGCAAUAAAUUAAUAAAACCAAAAGCUUACAAGGACUUAGAAGGAUAUGUAGUAUGCAUUUGUAUGUGUGUAUUUAUGAUAAUUUGAAGGUUUUAUAUUAUUUAUGUUUCCCUUUAUUUUCUAUGACUUUGUUUGUAGUGAUGGCAUUAAAAUCUAAUUUUGCAUCAUA